GCUCCAACCAAUGGCGCGCUAAAGCCACAUCUCCAGGUCCGCAAGGCUGAAGCUUGUUCCCCCAAACGUGGCCUCCCACGUCGCAUCUGAUCGCGAACAAAAGCUUCAGUUCCCUUUUUUCUUCCUACUUUCCCUUCAUGCAAUCCAGCUGCUGACAAGCGCCUUAUUCUUUCUUUUCGACCAGACAACAGGUAGCCCACCUCACGCCCCAACAGGGUGGCCAGGUCUCGUCAAAAUGUACAACACCCUAACCCGCGCCCAAAACACCUUUGGCUUCUUCACGACGGUAGCCUUCUUCGUCGCCGCCUUCAUCGCCGCCUCCGACCUCAUCACCCCGCGCGCACCUUCCGUAGGCUCCCUAAAGACCACAAAUGUCCAGGUCGUGAAGGGACGCCCCCACUACUACUCCUCCAAGAAGGAGGAGUACGCCAUCAUCAAGUUCUCCCUCGACGCCGACCUCUCGGAGCUCUUCACCUGGAACACCAAGCAGGUCUUCGUCUACGUCACGGCAGAAUGGCCCGAUAGCUCAAAGAAGUCCGCCGGCACAAACGCCACAAAUCAGGCCGUCAUCUGGGACCAGAUCAUCACCGCUCCCAGCUCCGACCACCUCGCCAAUAUCGGCCCCGCCGCCAUGCGCAAGCUGAGGAAGAGCGCCGAGGGCAAGAGCAUCGACCCCAACCGCGGCAAACUCCACAUCAAGAACCAGAAGCCAAAGUACCAAAUCACGCAUCCCUCGAGCAAGAUCGCGGAAGCCGACAAGGUCGUCCUGAAGCUGCACUACAACGUUCAACCGUGGGUGGGCAUCUUGACGUGGAAUCAGAACAUUGAUAUUGGCGGCUGGAAGGCACUCAAGGGUGGUGUUAGCAAGGUCUUCAAGCUUCCUGCUCUCAAGGUCAAGGAGAAGAAGCCUUGA